UUGCCAAGAGUUACACUGACUCAAAGGCAAUAAUAACAAUAAUAAUAAUAAGGACUGGCAAGAGGAGGCCGGAGGGAUUCUCUCAGCUUCAUUCCUAGGAAGUCAUUAUUGUGCCUUGAAAUUCCUUAAUAAUUUUAACAUCAGGAACUCAGAAGAAAACUGAACAUCCUGACUCGACCAAGUGCAAUAACAGUGGAUGACUGUAAACUUGAUGGACCUUUGUUACAGAUUUUGUUCAUGAAUAAUACUGUUUCAAAGCAAUAUCAUCAAGAAAUAGAGGAGUUUAUAUCUAGUUUAGUUCAAAGAUAUGAGGAGCAACAGAGAACUGAAUCUGACAAGACCUGCUUCAAUGUUAAGCCGCAGCCUUCUAGCUUUGUCCUGGAAGAGGAUCAUAAAGUGACAGGCUCAAAUAUGUCCAAAAAAAUCAAAGAAGCUUUUAGCGUUGUAGGAAGUGUUCUGUAUUUUACCAAUUUUUGUCUUGAUAAACUGGGGCAGCCUAUAUUAAAUGAAAAUCCUCAGCUCACAGACGGAUGGGAAAUACCCAAAUACCAGCAAGUUUUCACGCAGAUUCUUUCUCUAGAUGGACAAGAGAUACAAGUAAAGCCUAAAAGCAGGCCCAAAUCUCACUGUUUCAACUGUGGCUCUGAAGAUCACCAGAUGAAAGAUUGCCCACAGCCGCGAAACGCUGCCCGUAUAAGUGAAAAAAGAAAAGAGUUCAUGGAUGCUUGUGGGGAAGCAGGCAGCCAAAACUUCCAGCAGAGGUAUCACGCAGAUGAAGUGGAAGAACGGUUCGGAAGAUUCAAACCGGGAAUAAUUAGUGAGGAACUUCAGGAUGCCCUUGGUGUCACCGAUAAGACGCUUCCUCCCUUCAUCUAUCGCAUGCGGCAGCUGGGUUACCCCCCAGGCUGGCUCAAAGAGGCAGAAAUGGAAAAAUCUGGGUUAACUCUCUAUGAUGGAAAAGCGUCACCUGGCAGCGAAACAGAGGAGGAGUACCACCAGCAGCAUCCAUGCGUCACUUACGAUAUCUCCAAGUUGAUCAAUUACCCAGGUUUUAACAUGUCCACUCCAAGUGGAGUAACAGAUGAAUGGAGGAUGUUUGGCUCGGUGCCUCUUCAGCCAUCCCAACAAAAGGAUAUUUUUGCUCAUUAUCUUUCCACUUACCAUUCGGCAAGUCCAAAAUCCAGGCAUAAAAGACCUUCUCAUCAGAGCUCUCAUCAUUCAAAAAGGCAGAAAGGAAACAGUGCCGAAGUGCUGUCAGCCGACAUGGAGAUAGAUUCGGAUUUAGACAUGCCACAUAGCUCUCCAGGCUAUGAUGGCUUCCAGUUCCAACCUCCAUUACCUCCGGGGUCACCGCUGAAUGCCACUCCUCCCCCCUUGCCACAAGGUACCCCUCCAAGCACUCCCCCCAGCUUUACUCCUCCUCAACCGCUGUCUUGUAUGCCAGCAGCACUUCCUCGCGACACCCCGCCUUUGACGCCUUCCAGGGAUCCUUCUGCACUGAGGCCAGAGGACUCUGCCAUGGACGAAGACACACUGACUCUGGAGGAGCUGGAGGAGCAGCAGCGCCUGAUUUGGGCGGCCCUGGAGCAGGCGGAGAGCACCCACAGUGACUCUGACAUACCCGCGGGGACUCCUCUAGCCGGGAAUUCUGUAACUUCAUCCCCCGCCAGGACUGAGCCCUCUGUUCCUCUGGAGGAAGCAGCCCCCAAGAACUUGGACGUCUCCGAACCUGAACUUUACGACCACCCUGAGCAGAUACCCAGAGCCGAAGAGCCUGAUCAUACACCGACUUCGCCCAUCGAACUGGUGGAUUUAACAGUUGAGGAGCAGCACGAUCCCGUGGACUCUGAGGGCAAAGCCCAGACCCCCUCCUCGGCCCCAGCAGGCGGCGUGAACCAUAGCGACGCUCUUGCAGUCCCCAGCGCCAGGCUGCCCUCCAAGACCGCCAGCCCUGUUCCCGACAUGAGCAAGUUUGCUGCUGGGAUAACCCCUUUUGAAUUCGACAACAUGACUGAGUCCACGGGGACUUACCUCAGAAUAAGGAGGGUGCUGAAAAACUCCCCACGGAACCAGCAGAAGAAUAAGAAGGCGCCCCUUUAGCGGCCCUGCUGGCACCACAGAAAAAACAGCGGGAUUUGGAGGCGCUCCUGUUAAAAGCACCAAGUCAAGGGCAGAAGAUGGAAAGCGGUCGUUGGUUCUUCCUCAGAUGAAGUACUUUUGUUCUUCAGAAAAAGCCUGGUAAACGGGGCUUCCGUUUUGACUUAGGACCAGGGGUUGCCUAAGGGCUAAUAUGUCCACGAAUACAAGUGCAAACGUGAUCCAGUCCUGCAUUACAGAGGCCUCUGAAAAUCUUUUCCAACGGUGGGUCAAACCUGUUUUUGGCUCUCUACAAGUGGAGGUUUUUGUCUCCGCAGCGACCUGCGCUUUCCAGACUGAGCUGAUCAUUCUUCAGAUACAUUUACCGCCCGUGACUUUUAAAAGGACUUCAGUUUUUUAAAAUGCUUCCCCACGAUUCUGAGGAGGACCAGGAAUUGUGGCAAUCCAAUGGGAAUAAUCAGGGAUGAUUUCACCAUUCUUUCCAUCUUUUUUGAAAAGUUUUAUAACUAAUUUAGGUGAUUUAAUUUUUUAAUGCCACUUCUGCUUUUUUUUUUUUGUAACAUCGUCAUAUUUGAA